UCGUUAUGUCAAAAACGAAUAUUGAUACAUAAUUGUAUAUCAAUAAUAUAUAAAUUUUAUAGUACGAUGUAUCGUUUUCGUCAGCAAUACCAAAACACUACCAGCUAGGAUCAACAGACAGCUGUUUAGUGUGCCAGCUUUGGUAGCAGCAUUAGGUAUUUUUGUACAGGCACAGUAUUUUAUGUUGGUAUUUAGUAAGUCAGUAAUGGGCAUUUAGGCGCAUUCAGAUUGCAGUCACGCUGCAUACAAACAAGUCGAAAUUUUCUGUGCAGCACCAGACAGAAGAAAGAGACAAUUUGUUGUCAUUGUUGUUGCAAAAGACGUGGCAAGGACACAAUUAUAAACGUUACACAAAUUCAAGAGCUGAGGAAUAUAGACAGAAGCAAAGAUGGGUGUACCAAAGUUUUUUCGUUAUAUCAGCGAACGCUAUCCCUGCCUCAGUGAAUUGGCGCGUGAGCAUAGCAUACCCGAAUUUGACAAUCUCUACCUGGACAUGAACGGCAUAGUCCACAAUUGCUCGCAUCCGGAUGAUAAUAAUAUCCAUUUCCAUUUGGAGGAAGCGCAAAUCUUUCAGGACAUCUAUAACUAUAUUGACAAGCUCUUCUAUUUGAUCAAGCCGCAGAAGUUGUUUUUUCUAGCUGUAGAUGGCGUUGCACCACGUGCCAAAAUGAAUCAACAGCGCAGCCGACGCUUUCGCUCGGCCCGCGAAGCGGAGCAACUGGAGGCAAAGGCGCUGUUGCGUGGCGAAAAGCGUGAACACGAACGAUUUGAUAGCAAUUGUAUAACGCCGGGCACAGAGUUUAUGGUGCGACUGCAAGCCGGCUUACGUUGUUUUCUACGCACGAAAAUCUCGCAGGAUCCGCUCUGGCAAAAGUGCCGAGUUAUACUCAGUGGCCAGGAGACGCCCGGCGAGGGAGAGCACAAAAUAAUGGACUAUAUACGCUACAUGAAAGCUCAGCCUAACUUCGAUCCCAAUACGAGGCACUGCCUCUACGGCUUGGAUGCCGAUUUGAUUAUCCUUGGACUCUGCACCCACGAGCUGCAUUUCGUUGUGUUGCGCGAGGAGGUGAAAUUUGGUAAAAACGUUAAACGUACAUCCGUGGAGGAGACUCGUUUCUUUCUACUCCAUUUGGGAUUGUUGCGCGAAUAUCUGGAAUUGGAGUUCCAUGAGCUGUCGACACCGGAGCAAAAGUUGGAUGUCGCUCAACUGAUCGAUGACUGGGUGCUGAUGGGUUUCAUGGUGGGCAAUGAUUUCAUACCACAUUUGCCGUGCCUACACAUAUCGUCGAAUGCACUGCCCUUGCUCUAUAAAACCUAUAUUCGGAUCUACAAACAGCUAGGCGGCAAUAUCAAUGAGCAUGGCAAAUUGAAUUUGGAUCGAUUGCAACAGUUUCUGAACGCUCUGAGCGAAGUGGAGCUGCAGCUAUUCGAGGAGCACAGCGACGAUCUGAAAUAUAUGAAUGCCAAGACAGAGGCAUUCGAUGUGGAUGUUGAGGAGAUUAAGAAUGGCAAUGCUGAAGGCUAUAAUGAUGAUCUGGCAGCACUCAUUGAUGAGAGCAUGAAGCUCUACGAUGAUGACGAUGAUGUGGAUCCGGACGAUGAGCAAGCAGUGCUGCGUAACGAAUUCCAGAACUAUAAGCGCAAUUAUUAUCGGAACAAGUUCAAGAACGAGAUGCAUGAGGACUUGAUCAGAGACCUGAGCUAUCAUUAUGUCAGUGCCGUGCAAUGGGUACUCGAUUAUUAUUAUCGGGGCGUUCAGAGCUGGGACUGGUAUUAUCCCUAUCAUUAUGCGCCCUUCAUCAGCGAUCUGAACCACAUUCAGGAUACCAAAGUCAACUUUGAGCUGGGCAAACCAUUUUUGCCCUUCCAACAGCUACUUGCUGUGCUGCCAGCGGCUAGUGUUAAUCUCCUGCCAGUGGCCUAUCACGAUUUGAUGCUGAAGCCGACUAGUCCAUUGGCUGAGUUUUAUCCCACGGAAUUUGAGAGCGAUCUAAAUGGCAAAAAGCACGACUGGGAGGCUGUGGUGCUGAUACCCUUCAUCGAAGAGAAACGUCUGCUGAGUGCCAUGGCCGAUUGUGAGCCGCUGCUGAGUAGCGAGGAGCGGGAUAGGAAUCGUCAUGGACCGAUGUACCAAUACGAUUACAGCGACAAGUCGCAGGGUCCUCUGAAGGGCUUGGCUCCACUCAAAUCCCUGCAGCAUGUCUUCUGCACGGAGGUGACUCGUUGGGCACAUGAAAUUGCCCUCAAUUUGCCAAAAACUGUUUGCGUGGAGCUGGCAAAUGCCUCACGUCACGUCUUCUUUCCAGGCUUUCCAACGAUGAAACAUUUGGAAUUUGAUUUUGAGUUACGUCACGAUCGUGUCAAGGUCUUCGAGCAGCCGAGUCGUAAUCAAAGCAUGGUUUUAUUGCCUCGCAGGCGUGAAGCACAGGAUGAGCUCAACUCAGUGGCUGCUCAGCAUUUGGGACAGGUGGUGCACAUCGGUUGGCCGCAUUUGAUCAAAGCCAAGGUGGAGAGCAUAGCAUCGCGCGAUCAAGUGGUUGAUCGCGAUGGAACUCGAUCCAAUGAGCCCCGACGCUUCGACUCGGACUGCAAGUCGCUAGAGGAACAUUUUAACAGCCGCAUGGCCAUCAAGUUUCCCAGCUACGAUAUUCUCCUUUAUAUACGUACCUAUGCUGGCAGCGCGGUGGAAUUUGGCCAGCGUGGCACUGUCUUCAUGAAGGACUCGUGGAACAGCACCCUAACACCGUAUCCAGCGCAGGGCGUGGUCACCGACCUCAAGGUGCGCGACAAUAUGCACGCUCAGUUCAAUAAAAUUGAGCAGCUUUUUCCAACGGGCAGCACGGUUUUCUUUAUUGGCAAUCCGUAUGCCGGCAGCGAGGGUACUGUCCUGGAUCCGAUGCUCGUUUAUAGUUGCGGACGUGUGCAGGUUAACAUUCGUGUGGGCCCAGAGCCGCAGCUAAUGGCCGCACGCCGGUUGCAAGAGCAACGGGAUCGUGACUAUAUGAACUCGUACAAAGUAUGCCGGGAAUUGAAUGUGAGCAGCAAAUGCCUGGGACGUCUUACGGGCACCGUUUGGGUGGUGCUUGGGCCACGACGUGAAAAAAUGGAGAACGUGUCCAAACAUAAUAUUGGUCUGCAGCUAAAGUACCCACGUUUGAAUGAGGAGCGCGCCGGCUAUUGCCGUCGCUUGAACAAUCAAUGGUUCUACUCCUCGUUGGCGGUCGAUCUCAUGCACAGCUAUAUUGAAUGUUAUCCGGCCAUUGUUGACUACUUCUCCAGCAGCAGCGAUCGCGGGGAAUUCGUCUACGAGGAGGACAUCUUUCCCAAUGAAAUGGGUCAGCAUCAUAUUGAAGAUGUGGCCAAUUGGGUGCGCCAACAGCCCCACAUGAAAGUCGAUCGCAUAACGUGUGGAUCCCGCACUGUUUGCAAGGAAACCGUUGAGCUACUAAUCGAGGCUGUUGAAGAGUUGCGCCUACUGCCCGUCAAGAAUGUCAAGCUGCAGGUGAAGCCACAUUUGCUGAUCAAACCAAAUGUCACGCUGCCCGAUGUCUAUCGCAAACCGGGUGCAGUGCGCCUCUUCGAUCGUGUUGUGGUCGUUCGCACCAUCUAUAUGGUGCCCGUUGGCAUCACAGGCAUUGUUAUUGGCAUACACCCGGUAACGGAUCCGAAUCCAGUGCGUUUGGAGUGUCUGAAUGCAGUGGAAACGUUCUGUGAGUUGCUCUUCGAUAGGCCAGUAGCCAAUUGUGGGGAUAUACACGGCAUAGCUGACGAACGGGUCUACAAAGUGCCGGAGAGUGCCUUGGUCAUCAUCAACGCAUCUGACAACAACGAGAAGCAGCAGCCAAAGCAAACAGCAGCUUCAACAGCAGCAACAUCGUCUCCUCUCAAUCAGCCCACGCACCAUUUGAAGAGCCGCACGGAAGCAAUGCGUCGCGAUUGGCGCGAACAACAGCAACAGCAACGUUUUGUCACAGCAGCGAGCAGCAAAUAUAAUGCAAUUACCAUGAACACGCGCAUCGCGGAUGAAUUCUUUUUGCCCAGUGAUGCGCCUGCCAUGAGCUCAGCAUCUGGAUCAAGUGUAGCCUCCACCUCAGCAGCUGCUGCUGCGGCUGCAGCAGCUACGGUUGCCGAUCAAGAGGCAGCAUCUACCAGCUGUGCGAACAAGAAAGAUCCGUUGCCCUUGCAGAAUUGGCGCACCAUGUGCAAGCAGACGCCUUUGCAUGCUAGUCAACUCGAACAACAACAACAACAAGAACAACAACAACAGCAACAACAACAGCAACAACAGCAACAGCAACUGCAAGAACAAACGCGCAACAAAGGCGGCUCUGCCACGCCACAUGAUCAAACGCAGGCGCUGAAGCUGUUGCUAGGCCUGAAGCCAGCGCCUCAGCAAAAGCAGCAGCUGCAGCAACAACAACAACAGCAGCAACAGCAACAACAGCAACAUCAAUUAGCAUUUCAAAUGCAAUCGCAGUUACCAACUCAAACACAGUCAACCAAUGUUCCGUCCAAUACACAGCCGCUGCUAAUGCCUCAAGCGCCGCUGCCUAGUCAAAUGCCUAAAUUGCCCCAACCGCCACUCUUCUGGCAACGCGAAGCCCAACAGCAAGCCAAGUUGCAAUCGGAGCUAAUUGCCUCGCAGCAAUGGGACAAGCGUGGGCAACCAGCGCAACAGGAUUUGUCAGCAGCGCCAAACGUAAUGCGACCGCAGCUGCUGAGGCCGCAGCCACAGCCAGCAAUGCAGGCGCCACAACAACAACAACAGCAACAACAACAACAGCAACAGCAACAGCAACAACACCCCCAAGCACUUGCCAACACAACUGUGCACGCAAUUAGACCAACACCUCAGCUGGCUAUGCAGCUGCCACACCAACAGCUACCACAACAGCUGCCAAUGCCAGCACUUUUCAUGCCACCUCCGCCAUCCAAUGGCAGCUACAACAAGGGCUACGCACGCUACAACAGCAACAGCAGCAGCACUGCGAACUUCUAUCCCAACAACAACAACUACAGCAACAAUAGCAGUAGUAGCAACAACAGCAGCAACAACAAUCGGCAAUCUGAUGGCAACUUCUAUGGAAAUUCGAGCCAACGACGCACAUACACCUCCAUCCAGGACUUUGUACCCAUACAGGCCUAUCGGCCCAAGAAAUCGCAACGUCCAGGUGGUGGCCAGGCUCAAGGUCAAGUCCAAUGCGAGCAGCCAAUGGAUAAAUUGGAAACGGUCAACAGCUGCGUCGCUGUCGAUGCUCAGCACGGACUGCAGCAGGCGAGCAGCUCAAUAGAUGCAGCUGCAGCUUCAGCAGCACAGCAAACGGGCGAUGAGGCGAGUUCGGAGCUAAUGAGAACUCUCAAAAUAACGCCUUCAAACACAGAAGCCAGCACAAGUGCAGCCUCUGCCCAAGCAGAGGAAACAGUUCCCACAAAGCCAAAGGUGGUUUGGAAGCCGCGAGUUCCGCGCAUUGGCGCCAAAUUCGAUUUGGAAUACAUCAUGCCCUAAAUAGGACUAUAACUUGAAUGGAAUAAGACUAAACGAAGAAUCCUCUAAAUAGAAUUUUGUUAUAUUUGUUUUUAUUUUGUUUUCUGUUAGUUGGUUUUCAUUCAACAUCAUAAUCCACUUCGGUUCACGUAACAAAUUCUAAAUUUUCCAUUUUUUUAUUUCUCACGUUUUCAAUUUGCUGAUUUUAUUUUGAUGAUUCUGGAGCAAGGACGGCUCCUUUCGACUGCUAUGAAUAGACAUUAGUAUUAUAAAUAGAGCGCGAGAAUUGUAUAUUUAUAUAUUAAUUUUACUAUAUAUAUUAUAUAUGUAGUUGUGUAUAUAUCAGCACGAUUUGCUAAGCACAAACUAAAAAAAA